AUGCACACGAAUCACAUACUCCGUGAGUUCCAUUACAAGAACAAGUCCAUCAACUUCAGCAAGCUCAUGGUGAAAAGGAUCUUCAAUGUGCCAUCCGGUGAUAGACCUGUGAAGCUUUUAAAAAAGAGCGAUGAACAUGUCCUUUGCAACAUAUACAAGGAGGGAAACAGGGCGCCAAUUGCACAUGUUAUCAAGUUGCUUAAAGAUUGCGGCAAUGAGGACAAGGUUAUGAUAAAUAGGACAUGGGCACUCAUUGCGUUGGCAACAGUUGUGUGCCCAGGCACUGGUAAUAUGGUUAACCUUGAGUAUCUAUCUUCCCUUGAAGACAUGCACUCGAUGCAUGACCUCGCUUGGGAUAAACACUUGUUGACACGAGCAAUGGAGGAGGUUGUAGUCUUUCAAGAGAAGAAGAGGAUGCAAGUAACAGCAGAAAAUCCAGUAGAGUUCCAGAUUUGCUCAUGCCUUCCCAUGUUAGCGGAUCAUAUAUAUGGAUCAUGUUGA